AUGAGCGCCGCUUCAUCAACUUCAUCCAUCCGCAGAAUGGCACCGUUGGUAUUCCCUGCCGUGGGCCGCCAUACCGCCACCGUCAUCUUCAUUCACGGCCUGGGCGACACGGGACACGGAUGGUCAGAUGCAGUAGAAAUGUGGAGGAAGCGUCAGCCCAUGAAUGAGAUCAAGUUUAUUUUGCCGCAUGCGCCGCAUAUUCCCAUUACCAUGAAUGCUGGUUUUCAGAUGCCGGGAUGGUUCGACAUUAAAUCCCUCUCUAAGGGCGAGAAUGAAGAUGAGCCUCGCAUUUUGCAAUCCCGCGAAUAUUUCCACGGCCUAAUCCAGCAGGAGAUCAAGGACGGUAUUUCUGCCGAUCGUAUUAUUCUGGGCGGCUUCUCUCAAGGUGGUGCCAUGAGCAUAUUCGCCGGUCUCACAGCCCCAGUCAAGAUUGGCGGCAUUGUUGGUCUAUCGUCGUGGCUUCUUUUGAACCAAAAGUUCAAGGAAUGCGUCCCCGAAGGCGAUAUCAACAAAGACACGCCUAUUUUCAUGGGUCACGGCGACCGCGAUCCUCUGGUACUCUAUGAUCUUGCUCAAGACAGCGAAAAGGCACUGAAGUCGAUGGGUUACGGUGUUACUUUCAAGACUUACCGAGGAAUGCAACAUUCGGCCUGCCUGGAAGAGCUGAACGACGUCGAAGCUUUCCUCAAAGAGCGAUUGCCACAGAAGGAAAACUAG